UGCCCAGUGAAAAGUCACCACAGUAGAACGGCUCCUCACUUUGACAACACAUAUGCUCUCAGACGCCACAAUGGAUUCCUGCUUUCGCGCAUUUUGCAUGACUUUUGUUCUGGCGUCGUUCACCCGGAGGUCAGGUGCGGUCGGACCGGUUAUCAAAUGCGAGCCAUGUGAUGCUGGAGCGCGGCUUUUGUGCAAGCCUUUACCCAAGGACUGCGCCGAGAAAAUCCGCGAACCGGGCUGCGGCUGCUGCAUGACCUGCGCGCUGAGCUUCGGCCAGCCGUGCGGCGUGUACACCGGGAAAUGUGGCUCCGGACUGACUUGUCAGCAUCAGCCCGGAGAGACGAAACCUCUGCAGGCUCUACUGGAGGGACGGGGGAUUUGUGCAAACGCUACCAAUAAGCGAUUUAUCCCCAGACCAACACCUCCAGUCAACGAACUGCCAGCAGACAAUAUUGAGACCCAGGACGAGGAGAGGAAUUCCACCGGCUCAGGCCUUCAAACCUCGUACAGCACCCACAGACCCGUGCAACCCCUGAGACCUCCACUCCAUCCAUUUUUCCCCUCUACCAAAUCAGAGGUCCUGAGAAGGGAGCAGCAGAAGAGAAGCCAGAGCUUUAAAAUGGAGGAGCUCCCGGGACGACUCAUCACAGACCAACAAAACUUCUCUCUAGAGACCAAACAGGAGCCUGAGUAUGGUCCCUGUCGGAGAGAGAUUGAGAGCAUUCUCAGCAGCCUCAAGAUUUCAGACAUUCUCAACCCCAGAGGUUUCCGCAUACCUAACUGUGACAAGAAGGGCUUCUAUAAGAAAAAGCAGUGCCGUCCAUCCAAAGGCAGAAAGCGAGGCUUCUGUUGGUGUGUGGACAAAUAUGGGCAGCCUUUGCCAGGUUUUGAUGGGAAGGAGCGAGGAGACGCCCAGUACUACAACUCCGAGAGCCAAUAGGAGCAGAGCUGGAUGGAGGGAGGGAGGGUGGGAGUGAGAGCAAGGAGAAUUGUAAACAAAUGGAGACACUGAGGAUAUUUGGAGAAGGGACAAGAGAUGGCUCAGCCGAUUUAUGGAUGUUUCUAUUGGCUGCCUGCGGGACCUUUUCUGAGGCAGAGCAUGGAGAACAGAGGAAGAGUACCAGGAGGAAAAAGCCUCCGUGUCACAGAUACAGUCAGAACAUUUCUGCGAUGGAUGGAUUCUUCAUAAGCUGUUUGUCUCUGACCCAACGAGGACAGCUUCUGAGAAGAGGAAACACUUUAUCUCAGAAGCCCUCUUCUGAUUAUAAAACGCGGAGACAUUCGUACCUGUCACAAACAUUGAUGAGAGUGCUCUUCAUUUACGCACAAUUAAGCGGCAUUGCACAUGUGUACACGCUUGUGAUGUGUAAUCAUAAUUUGUAUGCUUGUGAUUUGUUACGAGGACAUUGUGGGGGGUCAACAACAACCAUAAAAUGUAUGUAUGUAUGAAUAUGUCUUUCAGACUAAGCAUGCAGUGCCUUACUAUGAAUUCCUAUUCCUAUGAAUUCCAUUUCUUCCGGUCGCGUCCUGCUCCUCUGGGAGUUGGACUGGACUGUGCAGCUCGAACACUACAGUGCGUAUUAAGUUUUUUUUAUGCUGGAUCUCAAGCCACAGAAAGAGGGACAAUUCCCUUAAUCUGUACUGUGGUUGUUACUGUUUUGUUGUCAAUUUGCAUAAGCUGAAUUUCUGGGAUAAAGGCCACAAACCAUUAUCUCUGAUCUCUGUGUAGCCGGUGAUCAUUUUCAUCACUUGCCUUGGUUUGAGUAAAUACACUAUUUGCAUGAACAAUGCAACCCUCAGAGGUCUAUUUUUACUUAAUAAAGGCAGUAUAAAGUUAUCCAGGUAUUGCAUUUUCAUUUUUACUUAUCUUCAUCUUCUCUUGUUUUGAGUGUGUUUGAAACACCAUUUUGGAUGCGGAAAAACACAUUCACACAUGACCCCAUCAUGAUGAAAUAACAUUUUAAUUGUAAUACACAUCCACAGAAUUAGAAGAAUAUUACAUUGUUUCCAUAAAACCAAUAAUGAAAUAGCAGCAUUCCUCACAAACAAUUUAUCCCAUUGCACACAAGCUCAAAAGCAAACAAAAGCAUAAAUACAUGAGUGAAUCAUAAUAAAUACUUGAAUAGAUGCGAUGGGUCAAAAAAGACAAAUAAAAAGUCUCUAAUAUGAGAAAGGUGUAGCUGAGAAGAGCCCUCAGUAAUCCUAAACCUGUGGACCUGCAGAGACUAGUAGAGGUAGACAAAUGCAGAACAACCUAUCCCAAACCUCACGGUGGCUUGGAUGAGUCCUGAUAUGUUUGUGCGUGGCCACCGAGCACAUACUUGCGGCACUUUAAGUAUUUCCCCCAAUACCCAUUGAGGAAACGCCAAUGGAGAUACAUUCAGACAAUGUCAACAAUGUUGAAUGAAUGAGCGGCUGUGUUGUUUCGUGCUGUGCACAACUCCAGUUUUGAAUGAAUAAAAAAAAAAAA